CGCGGAUAAGCAAGUCCGGAUGAUACCUGUGGGCUCCAUCCGCAGGCCGCUGCAGGGGGCCCGCAGCAACGAUCCCGAAAAGGUGGCUGCCCUGAUGCGCUCGAUACAAGAGAUCGGCCUCCAGGAGCCCAUAGACGUGCUGGAAGUUGAGGGGCAGAUUUGGGGCUUCUCUGGGUGCCACCGCUACGAGGCACACGUGCGGCUGGGGAGGGAGGAGAUCCUGUGCCGCGUGCGCAAGGCCACGCCGCAGGUGCUCAAGUUCCAUAUGAUGUAGGGCUGGCCCUGUGGUGUGGCGUUGGUGUACCAUGUUGUACUUGCGUGUACAUACCGGCAGAGCGUUUGUCAGCUGGCCCUUCAGCGUUGUCCUUCAGCUUUGCCUUGCAGAGAAUGUUCCACCCAGCCCCUGUGUAAAUGCUUUCACUGCUU